AUGGCGUCCGUUCCCACACCGGAGGAGCUGAAAAAGUUGAAAGUUGUCGAAUUGAGGGAAAGACUUUCAAAAUUAGAACUCCCAACUGCAGGUUUGAAAGCUGAGCUGAUUGCACGCUUACAUAACCACUAUGUCCAGGAAAGUCUCAAGCAGGAUGCAGUGGAUUCGUCUCAAUUGGAAGAAGACUCUCCAGAUGAAGAAAAGGAGGAAGAGUUGCCUUUGCCACCUGUACCAGUACCAGUACAAACACCAGAGGUCUCUGAAAGCUCUGGGCCAUCACGAUCUGUAGAUGAAGAUCUCCAGAGAAAAGUUGCUCUCCAGCAACAGAUGUUGGUUGUAGAACACCAGCAAGAGCAGGAGAAGAAACUAUUGGAACAACAGAAGGAAGCUCUGGCAUUGCAUGCCCAGCAGCAGGCAGCAGCAGCAAUGAUGAUUCAACAACCUCAGCAUGUGGCUCCUCCUCCCCCUCCUGCACCUGUGUCUGUACCGCCCCCUCCUAACAUAGAUCUGAUGGAGAAGGUCAGGCAGCAACAACAGAUGCUUGAGGCAGAGAAACAUAAACAGAUGAUGGAACAACAGCAAAAGAUGAUACAACAACAGCAGCAGCAACAGCAACAACAGCAGGCAAUCAGUCAGGCAGAGGCUGAGCGGAGAAUAAAGGAGGCAGAGAUCUUCAGACAGCAGAAAUUUGCUCUGAUGGAAGCUCAGAGAGAGGAACAGCAAAUGAGAAUGCAGAAGGAGCAACAAAGACCACCUACCCAUCAGAUGCCAGUGCCCCCUCCUGGCCUCCCUGUGAUGUCUCAUCCACAACCUCCAUCCACCACUAUACAACAGCAACCUCCACAGGCUCCCCCACCUGUUCAGAUAACAACCACAUUACCCCCACAGAUGCCGCCCCAGAUUAGUGGACCUCCUCCCCCAGUAGGCCCCCCUCAAGGACUUCCGCAGCCAGCUCCAGCCCCUCCAGGUAUAGGGCCACCACCAGGUCGUUCAGGUCCACAAGAGCUUAUGAGCUUGCCUCCACCCCCUCAUGGAGUACCUCCCCCACAAAAUAUUGGAAUGAUGCCACCCCAAGGUUCUCCUAUGCAGACUGGUGCUCCUCCACCUGGGAUGCCUCCUCAACAACAGAAUGAAACUAGUAUACAGCAGAUGAUACCACCUGCUCAGCCAAUGAUUCCACAACCACAGGCACCUCCUCCAGUAUCAGAACCACAUCAUGAAGGACCACCUCCACCGUUGCAACCAACAUUGAGGCCACCUCCUCCACAACAGUCACAGAUGAGUAUGCCACCCCCAACAAUGAUACAACAGCCACCUGGACAACCAUCCUCCAUAGUCCAAAUGGGUGGUCCCCCCCAACAGCAGUCUGGACCACCACCACCACCACGACCUGCAGGCAUGUUGUCCGGAACUCCAAUGUCAGGGCCACCACCCCCAGGGGUAGCCCAGACACCACCAAUGGAAAAACUUCCAUCUCCACAAUUGGAUCCUCCCCAGCCUCAGCCCCCUAAAGAGAUAAAGCUACCGCAUGCUCUGGAGAAGAUUCUAGCUUUCAAGAAUGUCCGAGCUCAGGAAGUGGGGCUUACUCCAGAGGAAGUUGAGACUAUGCACCAACCUGAAGAGAGAGAGGAUGUGGAGGAAAUGGAGGGCGAGGAAGAUGAGGAUGUUGGAUAUGGUACUUAUGACAUGGAUGAAGAUGCAGACAAGCCAGAGGAGGUUCCUGUAGAAAAAGAGUCCAAAAAUAAGAGACGAAAGAAGAAGAAAAAGAAGGCAAAGAAGAAUCGUCAGCAGCAACCGACUUCGUCAGAAACUACACGGAAGGACGACUCUGAGGAAGAUGUACAGAUUGAGUACAUACAGGAGCAGUUAGACCUGGAACCUUCAGAUCCAAACUACUUCACAUUUGCGAAGAUAUUUGAAGCAUUUAAGAUUUCUGAGACUGAAAGACAAAAAGAAAAGAAAGAAGAAAAAGUUGAAGAAAAGAAAAGAGAGGAAAUUCCAGAACCAAAAGGCAUAUUUGAUGAAGAUGACAGUGAUGAAGAAGGAGAGGAAAAGAAAUUAGAUGAAGAUGCUCCUAAGAUGUCGAAGAAGAAGCUGAAGAAGAUGACUAGACUGAGUGUGGCUCAGCUGAAGCAGUUAGUAAGUCGCCCAGAUGUUGUAGAAAUGCAUGAUGUGACAGCCCAGGACCCACGUCUGUUAGUACAGCUGAAAGCCACUCGCAAUACAGUGCCUGUCCCUCGGCACUGGUGCUUCAAACGUAAAUACCUACAGGGAAAGAGAGGAAUCGAGAAACCUCCUUUUGAGCUACCAGAGUACAUCAAGGCCACAGGCAUCAUGGAGAUGAGAGAAGCUCUUGCUGAGAAGGAAGACCAAAAAACAUUGAAAGCAAAAAUGAGAGAAAAAGUACGACCAAAAAUGGGGAAAAUAGACAUUGAUUAUCAAAAACUUCAUGAUGCAUUCUUCAGAUGGCAGACGAAACCUAAAAUGACAAUACAUGGUGAUUUAUAUUAUGAGGGUAAAGAAUUUGAAACACGAUUAAAAGAAAAGAAACCAGGAAAUCUCUCUGAUGAACUACGAACAGCUUUAGGCAUGCCAGUGGGACCAAAUGCAGACAAGUUUCCUCCUCCAUGGUUAAUUGCUAUGCAGCGAUAUGGUCCACCUCCUUCCUAUCCUAAUUUAAAAAUUCCAGGACUUAAUGCUCCAAUACCUGAAGCGACCUCCUUUGGUUAUCAUGCAGGUGGCUGGGGGAAACCUCCAGUGGAUGAGAAUGGCAAACCUUUAUAUGGAGAUGUUUUUGGCACACAAAGUGGUGACUUUCAGGUCGUAGUUGAAGAGGAAGAAAUAGAUAAAUCUCACUGGGGUGAGUUGGAGGAGGAAUCAUCAGAAGAAGAGGACUCAGAUGAGGAUGAGGAAGACGAGGAAGACAUGACAGGUCUAGUCACUCCAGGAGGUGAAGGAUUGGUAACCCCAAGUGGCAUCACAUCUGUACCAAUGGGUGUAGAGACACCAGAUAUGAUAGAACUGAGGAAGAAGAGGAUAGAAGAUGCUAUGGACCAAGGGGGAGAAACUCCUGCUCUCUAUACAAUCUUACCAGAGAAAAAGUCAGCUGUGGGUGGGGCAAUGAUGGGCUCCUCACAUAUAUACGACAUGGCAGCCGGUGUGCCUGGGAGUAAGAAGACAGAUAAGACAGCACCAGAAGGGAUUGAAGUUGCCCUGAAUCCAGAAGAAUUGGAUCUUGACAGUGCAGCAAUGCAGGCCAAGUAUGACCAGACGAUGAGGGAACAACAGUCACAACUAGAGAAGGAAGAUCUCAGUGAUAUGGUCGCUGAACAUGCAGCCAAGCAGAAGAAACGAAAGAAACAACAACAGGACAGUGGGAAAGCUGCCAAAAAAUACAAAGAAUUCAAGUUUUAAUGUCACAGUGUCUGUCUUUCUGUGGUAACAUGUGAUGCUAUAUGUGUUCAUGGACAAAAUAUUUACUGAAUUACAAAUCAUGUAAUAGUGUGUUAGGUUUGGAAAUAAUAGGACUUUACAGUUAUGGUUGGUACUUAUAACUACUGGAAAACCUGGUCAUUGAUGGUGUAUGGAAAUUAGAUAAAGAUUAUGUUGAAGUGCUGACUAUAUCUUGUAAACUCUUCAUUUCUACUGAUUGAGAGAUAUUUGAAAGAUAAUGAAAGGAAUAAAAUUUUAAACAUU